CUUCGGGUUGAAUUAUACCCGAAUAAAGAAGUGUUCACGGACGGGUAUAGUGGAUGUUACAACGCCACGCCAUUAGGCAAAAACCACCUGUUAAACCCCAAUCGAGAUCAAAUUUGAAGUUCCCAUUGAUUCUCAAUAGAGCUUAACUAGUUGCUCGCUGCAGAGAAGAAAUGGCGAAUUUGCGAAGGGCACUUCUCUUCACCAUUCCUCGAAUCAUCAAUUCCUCUAAAACAGCAUCUGUUGCAACCUCCACACUCCAGUCUCACAAUCUCUACAGGCCUUUAGCUGGAACAUUUUCGCGUUUUAUUUCUUCUAAUGAGACUUCAUCGCCGAUGAAUAUCGAUCUUUCCGACGAAGAGAGCAAAAGACGUUUGUUUAACAGGCUUAUUUAUCGUAGUAAACAGAGAGGUUACCUGGAGCUAGACCUUGUUCUUGGAAAAUGGGUGGAGGAACAUAUACAAUCCAUGGAUGAAAAUGGAAUUAAGUCCCUUGUUCAUGUCCUUGACCUGGAGAAUCCAGAUUUGUGGAAGUGGCUGACUGGUCAGGAGCAACCCCCAGAUGCAAUAAGCACAAAUCCUGUGUUUUCUGCUGUGCAUGAAAAGGUUAUGAACAACCUUAACAAUCAUACUUCUCCCGAGACUCGUGCUGUUCCAGGAAAACCUUGGGUGAGAGGGUGGGAUGAUAUCAAGAGAGGCCGUGAUGCACCUAUAGCUGGGAACCAGUAGUUAUUUUUCUGCUUGAAGGUGUCAAAGAAGAACUGAUUUGUAGUCUUGUAUAGGGACUCGUUAUUACUAUGUAUGCGUUUUACUCAACAAAUAAUAGGAUGUCAGUUCUGUUUGAAUAAGACCUCAGUAAUGUGAUGUUAGAUGCUGAGUGCUAGCCUUACCUGCACCCAUAUUCUUAUAAUAGCUUGAUUGCUACAUAACUAUUAUUCUUAUAUUAUAAUAGCUUGAUUUCCUGUGGUG